AUUGAGAAUUGAGCACUUUGUUUGAAGUCGUGCCCGUUUGCGAAGUUAUCCCUAAGAAAUGGCUGCAAGAUACCGAGAUGUUGGCACGAAGGUAUACAUUGGUGACCUCCCUAGAGAGGCAUCUGAACGAGAACUAGAACGCAUAUUCCGGGAGUACGGAAGGUUGCGUAACGUAUGGGUUGCGAGAAACCCACCUGGCUUUGCUUUUGUUGAAUUCGAAGAUGCUGCAGAUGCCAGCGAUGCAGUGCGUGAACUUGACGGAACAGUUAUGUGUGGUGUCCGAGCCCGUGUUGAACUGAGCACUGGAAAGUCGCGACAGAAGCCGUGGGUACGUGGAGGUGGUGGUGCGCGUAAUGGUGGAGGACGUGACAAUGGAGUUGGUUCUCGCCGUAUGAAACCGUUUGACCCAACAGAUCGGUGUUACGAGUGUGGAGAACGCGGACAUUAUGCCUACGAUUGUCGUCGUCGGAGUGGUGGGCCGGGUGGUCCAAAUGGACGCAGCAGGCCUGAAGGCCGAAGAAGGUCGAGGUAAUUCAUCUUACUCGCAUGUCGUCUGGUAUCGUCUCGGCUACCAUGAUACGUUAUCAACUGUAUCAGUUUUAUCAUCCAAUGUAACAGCUCAGUCAAAUGCUGGUGCUCUAAAUUCCGUAGCGGUGACUCGUCACUAGCACACGGAAUGUACUAUGAAAAGACUGGUCUCCAUAGGCACUUCAUUCAGAAAUUGGCAUCUUUGACUUCAUUGCGGCGGGCAUAAACUGCCUUACAUCUCGGCAUCUGUGA